AUGUCUUCCUCCCGUCGCAACACCAACGGCCGUUCACCUCUCGUCAAUCCACAGCGUCAAAUCACCGCCUUCUUCACCAAAACCAAUUCCCUCUCUCCCUCCCCUUCUCCCACUCUCUCCAAAACCAAUCCUAAACUAAACCCUAACCCUAACCCUAACCCUAACCCUAGUCCUAGCCUAACUACGCCUUCACCUCUCAAUUCCAAACCACACAAACCCCGUCUCGUUAUCGGCGCUUCUCCCACAUCAACACCCCCUUCGCAUUCUCCCUUCAUCGGCAAAAGGAUUAAGGUUUAUUGGCCUUUAGACAAUGCCUGGUACGAAGGUGUUGUUAAGUCAUUUGACAGCGUUACCUCCAAGCAUCGGAUUCGUUACGAUGAUGAUGAAGAGGAAUGCAUUGAUCUUUCCAACGAGAAGAUUGAGUGGCUUCCGGAUCCUUCUUCCAAGAAGCUUAAACGGUUGCGUCGCGGCUCUUCUCCUAUUAGGAAGAUGGUGAUUGAGGACAAUGAGGUUGAAGGAAGUCCCAAAGAGGAAACAGAAGAACUUGAUGAUGACGAUGAUUCGGGAGAUGAAGAUUGGGGGAAGAAUGCUGUAUUGGAGGAUGCUGGUGAUGACGAGGAAGAAGAUAUGGAGCUGGAGGAAGAAAAUGAGGUUGUAGAGAGUGCUAAAGGAAAGAGUAAGAGUAGCGGCAAGGUCGAGCCUAAAAAGCGGAAACUUGGCGAAGCAUUGAAAUUGGAGCCUGUGAAAAAGAGCAAGAGUGGAAAUGAUGUUAAUAGUGUAGCUGUUAAGCACUCACCAUUGGAGCCUGUGAAAAAUUUGGAGGUUAAAAAGACAUUGGAUGUCGCAGACAAUGUUGCAACUGAUGAUGUGGCUGAAAGAUCAGAAAGAUUUGCUCUCCGGGAAGCUCAGAAGUUUCGCUUUCUGGGAGAAGAUCGCAGGGAUGCCAAGCGAAGGCGUCCAGGAGAUGAAAAUUAUGACUCAAGAACUCUCUAUUUGUCUCCAGAUUUUAUGAGGAGUUUGUCAGAUGGCCAGAAACAAUGGUGGGACUUCAAGUCAAAACACAUGGACAAAGUUUUGUUUUUCAAGAUGGGUAAAUUUUACGAGCUUUAUGAAAUGGAUGCACAUAUAGGAACAAAAGAGCUUGACUUACAAUAUAUGAAGGGAGAUCAACCUCAUUGUGGAUUUCCAGAGAAAAAUUUCUCAGUAAAUGUAGAGAAGCUAGCUAGAAAGGGUUAUCGAGUUCUUGUUGUAGAGCAGACUGAAACACCUGAACAGCUUGAGCUUCGUCGCAAAGAGAACGGCUCUAAAGAUAAGGUUGUGAGACGGGAAAUAUGUGCAGUGGUUUCAAAAGGCACAUUAACGGACGGGGAGUUUAUGGCAACACAUCCUGAAGCUGCAUAUUUAAUGGCAUUGACUGAGUACCAUGAGAACCGUCCAAAUAAAACUUCAGAGCGCACCUAUGGUGUUUGUGUAGUCGAUGUUGCUACAAGCAGAGUCAUUCUCGGGCAGUUCAACGAUGACUCAGAGUGCAGUGCCUUGUGCUCUAUCUUGUCUGAGAUCAGACCAGUUGAAAUUGUGAAACCUGCUAAACUACUUAGCGCUGAAACAGAAAGGGUACUGCUGAAACACACCAGAAACCCUCUAGUGAAUGAGUUGGUUCCAAUUGUGGAAUUCUGGGAUGCUGAUAAAACUUUGGAUCAAUUGAAGAGAAUUUAUGGGCAUAGUAAUGAUGUUAGUGUUGAAGAUGGUGGGUUAGAUUGUCUGCCAGCUGUUUUGCUGGAGCUGGUGAAAACAGGUCAUGACAACAGCAGUGCACUCUCAGCACUUGGUGGUGCUAUCUAUUAUUUGAAACAGGCUUUCCUAGAUGAAAAGUUGCUUAGAUUUGCGCAGUUUGAGUUGCUUCCAUGUUCUGUUUUCAGUGGCCUUGCUUCAAAACCAUACAUGAUUCUUGAUGCAGUAGCCCUAGAGAAUCUUGAGAUAUUUGAGAAUAGCAGAAAUGGAGGGUUAUCAGGCACACUCUAUGCUCAAUUAAACCAAUGUGUUACGGCAUUUGGGAAGAGACUGCUAAAGUCAUGGCUUGCAAGACCGUUAUGUCAUGUGGAGUCAAUUAAGGAACGCCAGGAAGCCGUUGCAGGUUUAAAGGGAGUGAAUCUACCUCAUGCGCUAGAAUUUCGAAAAGCAUUAUCAAAGCUACCUGACAUGGAGCGGUUGCUUGCACGGGUGUUAUCUUCUAGUGAUGCUAGUGGAAGGAAUGCUAAUAAAGUGGUUCUGUAUGAGGAUUCAGCGAAGAAACAAUUGCAAGAGUUUAUUUCUGCUCUGCGCGGUCUUGAACUAAUGGCACAAGCUUGCUUGGCACUCAGUGGCAUUUUAGAUGAUGUUGAAUCUAGACAACUUAGUCAUCUUUUAACACCUGGCAAAGGUCUUCCUGAUGUCAGCAUGGAUCUGAAUCAUUUCAAAUGUGCUUUUGAUUGGGGGGAAGCCAAUAGCUCCGGCCGUAUAAUACCUCAUGAUGGAGCUGACAUAGAGUAUGAUUCAGCUUCUAAGGCAGUUAAAGAGAUCGAGUCCAGUUUAUCAAAUCAUCUCAAUGAACAAAGGGAAUUACUUGGAUGCCCAUCAAUCUCUUAUGUCACUGUUGGAAAGGACACAUACCUAUUGGAAGUGCCUGAAAAUUUGUCUCAGAAUAUUCCUCAUGAUUAUGAACUGCGUUCAUCCAAGAAAGGUUUCUCUAGGUAUUGGACUCCAGAUAUUAAAAUAUUUUUGAAAGAGCUCUCCCAUGCUGAGUCUGAAAGGGAGACCUUAUUGAAAAGUACAUUUCAGAGACUGAUUGGGCGUUUUUGUGAACAUCACACUCAGUGGAAGCAGUUGGUGUAUGCAACUGCUGAAUUGGAUGUUUUGAUCAAUUUAGCCAUUGUCAGUGAUUACUAUGAAGGACCAACAUGCAGACCAAGUUUUGCUGGGACAUUAUGUAAAGAUGACGCCCCAUACAUCAAUGCUAAAGGUCUUGGACACCCAGUUCUUAGGAGUGAUUCCCUAGGAAAAGGUGCCUUUGUACCUAAUGACAUAACUAUUGGUGGUCCAGAUCAGGCCUCCUUUAUUCUUCUUACAGGUCCUAACAUGGGUGGGAAGUCAACUCUUCUUCGGCAAGUUUGCAUGGCUGUGAUUUUGGCCCAGGUAGGAGCUGAUGUCCCUGCAGAAAGUUUUGAAUUGUCACCUGUGGACCGAAUUUUUGUUCGGAUGGGUGCCAGAGAUAAUAUAAUGGCUGGCCAAAGUACAUUUUUAACUGAACUUUCAGAAACUGCAACAAUGCUGUCAUCAGCCACUCGAAACUCAUUGGUGGCUCUGGAUGAGCUUGGGCGUGGGACCUCAACAUCCGAUGGUCAGGCUAUUGCGGAAUCAGUAUUAGAACAUCUUGUACGAAGGGUGCAGUGUCGUGGAUUAUUUUCUACACACUAUCAUCGAUUAGCCAUAAAUCAUCUCAAAGAUCCCAAGGUCUGUCUCUCUCACAUGGCAUGCCAAGUUGGUAGUGGAAAUGAAGGUUUGGACGAAGUCACCUUUCUUUACAGGCUGACUCCUGGUGCUUGCCCCAAGAGCUAUGGUGUUAAUGUUGCUCGAUUAGCCGGACUACCUACAUCUGUGCUUCAGAAGGCUGCUGCCAAGUCCAGAGAAUUUGAGGCCAGUUAUGGAAAAUACAGAAACGUGGCUUCAGAAACAAACUGUUUGAAUCAAAGUUGGGUCGAUAAUAUAAUAGGAGUGGUACAAAAAUUAAAUAACGCUGCUACAAAUUUGAGUUGUGACGAGGCUGUUUCUGAUAGUUCCCUAAUGAAGCUUCAACAUAAAGCAAGAAAGCUUCUACAGCAAUGUUAA